GCUGGCGGCGGCCGGAAGCGGGCUGAGCCGCCCUCGCGGAGUGCCGCCCGCGGUUCCGGAGGUCCGGAGUCUGGCUCUCGCGUCUUCCUGGUGGGCGGCGCGGGCGUGAAGAGAGGCGUGAGAGGCUGGUCGGCCGGUUCCCCUCCUUGCCUCCAUGUGAGAGGUUUCCGAAACUCCGUCAGCGCAUAGCUGCCGAGAGGUGGACAGCUGGCGGGCCGAGAACAUGAGGCAGCGUCUUUUCUUCCUGACCAGCUUGCUCCCUUUCGUGCUGGCGCCGCGACCCCCGGACGCGUCGGGCACCGGCUCCUACCAGCGACUCGAGAGGCUAGAUUCUUUGCUCUCAGACUACGAAGUUCUCUCUGUAUCAAGUAUCCAGCAGCACUCUGUAAGGAAAAGGGAUCUCCAGGCUUCGACGCGUUUAGAAACCCUGCUAACAUUUUCAGCUUUGAGAAGGCACUUUAAAUUGUAUCUGACAUCAAGUACUGAGCGCUUUUCACAAAACUUUAAAGUUGUGGUGGUGGAUGGCGAAGUGGAAAGUGAAUAUAUGGUGAAAUGGCAGGACUUCUUCAGCGGCCAUGUGGUUGGUGAGCCUGACUCUAGGGUCCUGGCCCACAUAGGAGAUGAUGAUAUUACAAUAAGGAUAAACACAGAUGGUGCAGAGUAUAACAUAGAGCCACUUUGGAGAUUUGUUAAUGAUACUAAAGACAAAAGAAUGCUAGCUUACAGAUCUGAAGACAUCAAGAAUGUUUCGCGCUUGCAGUCUCCCAAAGUGUGUGGUUAUGUGAAAGUGGAUGACGGGGAGCUGAUCCCAAAAGGGCUGAUAGACAGAGAGCUGCCUGAAGAGUUUGUCCAUCGGGUGAAGCGAAGAGCUGAUCCAAAUCCCAUGAAGAACACGUGCAAACUCCUGGUGGUUGCAGAUCAUCGCUUUUACAAGUACAUGGGCCGAGGGGAAGAGAGCACCACAACCAAUUACCUGAUAGAGCUAAUUGACAGAGUUGAUGACAUCUAUCGGAACACGUCGUGGGAUAAUGCGGGCUUUAAAGGUUAUGGGAUACAGAUAGAGCAGAUUCGCAUUCUCAAAUCUCCACAAGCAGUCAAUCCUGGUGAAAGGCACUACAACAUGGCAAAGAGCUAUCCUGAUGAAGAGAAGGAUGCGUGGGACGUGAAGACACUGCUGGAGCAAUUUAGCUUUGAUAUAGCCGAGGAAGCGUCAAAGGUCUGCCUGGCCCAUCUUUUCACAUACCAAGAUUUUGACAUGGGAACACUUGGACUGGCCUAUGUGGGUUCUCCCAGAGCAAACAGCCAUGGAGGGGUGUGUCCGAAGGCUUAUUAUAGUCCAGUUGGGAAAAAAAAUAUCUAUUUGAAUAGUGGUUUAACAAGUACAAAAAAUUAUGGAAAAACCAUCCUUACAAAGGAAGCAGACCUGGUCACCACUCAUGAACUGGGGCACAACUUUGGAGCGGAACAUGAUCCUGAUGGCUUACCUGAAUGCGCGCCAACCGAAGACCAGGGCGGAAAAUAUGUGAUGUAUCCCAUUGCCGUGAGCGGGGACCAUGAGAACAACAAGAUGUUUUCUAACUGCAGUAAACAGUCUAUCUAUAAGACCAUUGAGAGCAAAUCCCAGGAGUGCUUCCAGGAGCGCAGCAACAAGGUGUGCGGCAACUCCCGGGUAGAUGCAGGGGAAGAAUGUGACCCUGGCAUUAUGUACCUUAACAACGAUAGUUGCUGCAACAGUGACUGCACGCUGAAACCAGGUGUGCAGUGCAGUGACAGGAACAGUCCAUGUUGUAAGAACUGCCAUUUCGAGACAGCCCAGAAGCGGUGCCAGGAAGCCAUUAAUGCGACCUGCAAGGGUGUGUCCUACUGCACAGGGAACAGCAGCGAGUGCCCCCCACCUGGCAAUGCAGAGGAUGACACGGUGUGCUUGGAUCUGGGCAAGUGCAAGGAUGGGAAGUGCAUCCCCUUCUGCGAGCGUGAGCAGCAGCUGGAGUCCUGUGCAUGCAAUGAAACAGACAACUCAUGCAAGGUGUGCUGCAGAGACCCUUCCGGCCGCUGUGUACCCUACGUUGAUGCUGAGCAGAAGAAUUUAUUUUUGAGGAAAGGGAAGCCAUGUACAGUAGGCUUCUGUGACAUGAAUGGCAAAUGUGAGAAACGAGUCCAGGAUGUGAUCGAGCGGUUCUGGGACUUCAUUGACCAGCUGAGCAUCAAUACCUUUGGCAAGUUCUUAGCAGACAACAUCGUGGGGUCAGUCCUGGUUUUCUCCUUGCUUUUCUGGAUUCCCUUCAGCAUUCUUGUCCAUUGUGUGGAUAAGAAGCUGGACAAACAGUACGAGUCUCUGUCCCUGUUUCACCCCAGUAACGUGGAAAUGCUGAGCAGCAUGGACUCAGCAUCUGUGCGUAUUGUCAAGCCCUUCCCGGCACCUCCGACCCCAGGCCGACUACAGCUACUGCCACCAGGCCCUGUGAUGCCACCAGUGUCUGCAGCCCCCAAGCUGGAACACCAGAGGAUGGACACCAUCCAGGAGGACCCCAGCAUGGACUCACAUGCUGACGAGGACGGCCCGGACAAGGACCCUUUCCCGACUGGUGGCACAGCUUCCAAGUCCUUUGAGGACCUCACAGACCACCCAGCUACUCGGAGUGAGAAGGCUGCAUCCUUCAGGCUGCAGCGGCAGAGCCGUGUAGACAGCAAGGAGACAGAGUGCUAGUGCAGGUCUGGCCACCAAGUGGGCAAGGUGCUUUGCAGCGCCCACCUCAGGAGGGCCACACGGACAGGAAGUGGCUCCCGACGUAGCCACCCCGUGGUCCUUAGCACUUUGAAGAGCCAAGGGACAGUCGGGUUCUUGUCUUUAGCAAGCUGUGGUGCAGAGAACAUGUAGCAGGUCAGAGUCAAAAUUUGUGCUUUGGUAAACAUGACCCUUUCUACUGAUGAUGGCACUGGAGGACACUGUCACAGUCUGACUACCCUGGGCAUUUAGCAGGAAUUCUGGAAGACAACUGGAACUUUAUCUUCAAAAGAAAGGAGACAAGCCUGUUUAUGCAUUACCUUCACCACCAUACCGGUGUUACCCAGAGCUUUGCGGAGCCCAGAAGCCGGUCCUGUCUGGAGUUUGGGUCUGGCCCAGGGGAUGCACACAUGCUGUCCUUGAGGCCGGUUCUACCUGCCUGCUCUGGGUCUCUGUGCUUAGCUGUCUCCAUCUCUUUUAUUUCUUAGACUUUGAGUCAUGAUCUCACCGGAUCACCCAGACUGGCUCCACAUAGCUGAGAUUACACCCUAUCUUCUGCUCCUGUCUUUGCUACCACUAACACAAACUGAUGCAGAGCAUGCGUGAAGGGCUGUGGACAGGAGACAGCAUCAGCCCCUCUGAUCGCGAUUUCCUGCUCCCAGGCACCAGGCUCCGCAGACCACACCGGAGGAACGGCAGUAAGCUUUCCUUCCAAGCACGGAAGUUGCAUCCAGUCAAAACCAGGCAAGAAGCGCCACACCUGCAAUGCACGCGCCUUCUCUGGAAACCCUUUGUUACACAGGUGUUGUUACACUAAUAUUGAACCUGGGCCCUGCGGUAUUCGUGCUGUCCUGUCUAGACACAGCGUUCCUGUAUUUUAUUUUGAAAAUCUGACAGGGUGAGUGGGGCAAAUGUAUGUGUGACAGAUCUCGGAACAGAAAACCAAUUUUUUAUAAAAUUGUGACUUUUUUAAAAAGAAAAUU